CUUGUUCUGCCGGCGGACUGCUGUGCUGCGUAGCUGCCGAGCUGCUGGCCCGCUGAGCUCCGUAGCUGCCGAGCUGCUGGGCUGCCGAGCUGCUAAGUAUGGCGUUCAGAGCCGCGGGGCGCGGCGAGAUUUCGCACCGCCCGUGUUGGGCUAUUUCAUUGGUAAUCAGCGGAUCGCUCGGGCAAGAGGCGGUAGGAACGAAGGACUAAGGAAGGAGACUCUGCUACGGCCGCCAUGCUCUGAGUGGCUUCCUCCUCUGCUCGCUACUUUUGGGAGAAGAUGGUCACUGGACUGUAAGUACCCGAGGCGAAGAGAGCUCACUGCUCCAGGCUUUUGAAUAUCUUUUGUUCCGAAAGAGUUUGUGGAUUGGGAGCGUCUGCCGGACAGUACUUUUCUGUAGCGAAAAUCACUCCGCGGGAGCCGCCAUUUUGUUUUCUUGCUCGGUUUCUCUGCGUUGUCCGGCAGCGACAUCUAGAGGUUGGAACUUGGCAUUGCAGCUAACAGAUUUAAACGGACCUAACUAAGCCAAUAUAUCCGUAACGACUCAUAUUCAGUCACAGCAAAUUUAGAAAGACUUGGCUUGGUUCAAAAUUAAGACGAAAUAGACACUUAGCUGGUGUUCUACGUAGAACUCUUUGUAAUUAAAGACUUCACUUCAUAACGAACUGGUCUUUUUAACUGUUGCAAUAGCUGGAACUUUUAAGUGCAACAAGUGGUUGUUAGAGAAGUGAAUCUCCAAGAAGUAAAGAUGAGUAAGAGCAAAGAUGAUGCUCCUCAUGAACUAGAGAGCCAGUUUAUCUUACGGCUACCCCCAGAAUUUGCCUCUACUGUGAGGCGGGCAGUACAGUCUGGUCAUGUGAACCUAAAGGACAGACUUUCGAUCGAAAUGCACCCUGAUGGGCGUCAUGGAAUUGUCAGAGUGGACCGGGUCCCACUGGCCUCAAAAUUGGUAGAUACACCGUGUGUUAUGGAAAGCCUGAAAACCAUUGAUAAAAAAACCUUUUACAAGACAGCUGAUAUCUGUCAGAUGCUUGUCUGCACAGUUGAUGGUGAUCUCUAUCCGCCUGUAGAGGAACCAGUUGCUACUGCUGAUCCCAAAGCAAGCAAGAAAAAGGAUAAGGAUAAAGAGAAAAAGUUUGUAUGGAACCAUGGGCUUACCAUGCCUCUAAAAAAUGUCAGAAAGAGAAGGUUCCGGAAGACAGCAAAAAAGAAGUACAUUGAGUCUCCAGAUGUGGAAAAAGAAGUGAAGCGGUUGCUGAGUACAGAUGCUGAAGCUGUCAGUACUCGUUGGGAAAUAAUUGCUGAAGAUGAAACAAAAGAAACAGAAAAUCAAGGCCUUGAUAUCUCUUCUCCAGGAAUGUCUGGCCACAGGCAGGGUCGUGACUCACUAGAGCAUGAUGAGCUUCGGGAGAUAUUCAAUGACCUCAGCAGCAGCAGUGAAGAUGAAGAUGAGACACAGCAUCAGGAUGAAGAAGAUAUAAACAUCAUUGACACUGAGGAAGAUCUGGUAAGACAGCUACAGGACAAGCUAAAAUCAGAUGAACAGCACCAAGAAAAGGAGGGAACCAGUCAACUGGUUAUGGGAAUUCAGAAACAGAUUGAUAACAUCAAAGGCAAGCUCCAAGAGACCCAAGAAAGGGCAAAACGUCAGGAGGAUCUCAUCAUGAAAGUGGAAAACCUGGCUCUCAAAAACAGGUUUCAGGCUGUGCUGGAUGAACUCAAACAAAAAGAAGACCGAGAAAAGGAGCAGCUCAGCUCUCUGCAAGAAGAGCUAGAGUCACUCCUAGAGAGUGAGAAGAGCUUUCAUACUUAAUUUCAUUCCUUAGACUGAUCACCAUCAAAAGAAAAAUCUUGACUUCAUCAACUGGUCUAAGAAUUAAAACUUUGCAGUAGUCCCCCAUUUCCUCCACUGCUUUCUACUGAGUUUGUUUUAUAGAUAAAUGUGAAUUGUUUUCUCCUUUGUUUCAGAACCACUUUGCUAGGUGUUUAUCUUCUAGGAAGCAGAAUGUAUAGACAGAUAAAUGAUUAUAGGAGAGUUGUAGGAUUAUGGAAUGAACAGUUCAACCUUAGUAAUCACAGCUUCACUGCAGGGCUUCGUUCUGCUUCUCGAUUUGCCAGAAGCAACUGCUGCUGCUCUUAAAUCAGUAAGCAUAGUCUAGUCUGCAGGCAUUGAAGCUAGUUUGCAUAGUUUUCCUAUAGUAGCUAUUUUCCUAGCUGUUCAAAGCCAUUUUCCACAUGUAAGAUUGUAAGUCAUUUCUUAAACUUGUGUUGAAAUAGUAAAUAAAGGUAAUUUUCACCUA